AUGGCGACAACAACAAGAAUGUUCUGCUUCAUGCUCGCGAUGGUUCUAAUGGGAUGUUGUUGCUCGGCAAAAAUCUACAAAGUGGGAGACUCGAAGGGAUGGAUGAUAGCGAAGCACGGUAGCUAUUAUGAAUGGACUAAGCGUAAGGAAUUCCAGGUGGGGGAUUCUCUGAUGUUUGAAUACGAUGGCAACGUCAACGACGUCACUCAAGUUUCCAGUCGUCUGGAAUACCAAUUCUGCAACUCUCUUACUCCUAAAGCUUUCUACAACACAGGGCAUGAUGUCGUGACACUCACGGAACCAGGUUAUCACUUCUUCAUCACAUCAAAUCGUUCUCAAUGCUUAGCCGGACAGAAACUCGUCGUUUAUGUCGUCCAUGACCAUCCGAUGAUUCCUCCAGACUCCGACGAAUGGAGGGUUCCUGAAGAGAGUGACUUCUAUUCCAAGUGGAGUGAGGAGAAACAGUUUCAUGUGGGAGACAAUCUUCUUUUCUACUACAACGACCAAGUCGAUGACGUCCUAGAAAUCAACAGUGAUCUUGAGUUCAAAUCUUGCGACACUACUUCUCCUGUUGCCGUGCACAAUGCUGGACAAGAUCUCAUAAGGCUAACGAAACCAGGAAUCCGCUAUUUUAUUACCUCAAAGAUUGGUCAUUGUGAGGCUGGGCUUAAGCUUCGAGUUGUGGUGCGACCACUAUCCAAAAGUGUUCCGAAGAAGAUGCAGUUGUCACCUUUCGACCGCUUCAUCAAGUGGCUACGCGAUUCCUUCACACCCCACCCCCAUCACUAA